AUGGCGUUUGGGCAGCAAAAAGUGCCUGGACGUGGACGUGGACGGCCGCCAAAGGAUCCCGCGGCGCGCCAGUACCAACGCGAUACGGAUUUCGAUGAAUUGGGUGGCUCACAACUUGACAUGUAUCCGUACAAGGCGCGCAAGCUCGAUGCAAACGACGCAGCGCGCCCCAUGGCGGCUCUCGAUCCGGAGCUUGCGGUGAAUACGGUCGACGAAAUGGAAGCUGCAUUGCGGGAUAUGCGUACACGUUACGAACAGAAUAUAACAGAGCGUGUGCUCCAAGCCACGCGCGAGCGCGACGCCAUUCAGGCGCAGUUUGACCGACUCAAGGAACUGCGUGUCACACAGAGCGAAAAGACGCUGGUAGAAUGGAAGCGCGCGAGUGAGACGCGGCAGCGACAUCUGAUGGAGUCAUUAUCUUCCUGGAAACACCGCGCCGAGCACGCCGAGCGCCGCCUCAAGGAAGUCGAGCAAGCCGACGCUGUGCCUUCCUCAGACCCCGCCACAGCGCGGCAUACACAGAAGUUGGAGCGCGAGGUACAGCGGCUUGCGGAUAAACUGAGUGCGGCGCGGACAGAGCUCGAUGCGCAGGUCGCACGUAAUAACACACUUGAGCAGCAGGCACCGUCUACAGGAGACGAUAAGCAGGCCAUCCGGCGCAUGUACGAGGACCUAACUGGCUUUAUUGUACGCUACGUCGAACUGCCCGACCCCACGAAGGCGUUGCACAGAUUCCAGAUUGUUUACACGGGCCCCGACUCGCAUGAUCUCGAAUUCUCACUGGAGGAGUCGCAGCUGCAUACGGAUGCACCGCGCGGCGCGAUGGCCGACAUCCGCGACGACUUUGUCUAUGUACCGAACCUCGACGAGGUGCGCGAUGCGAAGUUGCUCACAUCGGAAACGAUGCCUGACCACUUCCUCGAGCCCAUUCGAUUCGAGCGCAGUGCCGCGAUCAAAUUUGCCAAUGCGCUGCACCGCAGCCUGAAAAAGUAG